GUCAUGUUCAUGCUCAUUAAAUUUCAGGGCAGGCGGUCGCGACCAUCGUCCCUACAUAAGUGGAGGCAUUCAACCCUGCGAGCAGGACAAUAGGAGGAACAAAACUUGCAAAGACGGUGUAGACCCUAAACAUACAACGUGCGCUACUAGCAAAGGCGCGCGUGUUGUGGGGUUGACAUCGACUGCGCUCAUCGCCGAAGGGCUGCGCCUCGUGUCCCGCAUAAUGUGGUGUCCGUUGCUAGACUGCUACGCGUAACACGCUUGGCGGGGCAGAUCCGCUCAGGGAUUAAUGCGCGGAUCGGAGAGGAAUCAUCACUCGGCAUCUGUUCAUCCAAUGGCUGGACGCCGAUGCAGGUCACUUAAUCUUACCAUCUGCCUUCGCCGGAGGCGAAGCACUCGUGAAACGUUUAUGCGACACCACCGAAGGUCAUUAGGCUUCGACCUCGUCAACAUCUUUUUGCGUGACAACGAGAGCCUUCCAGCUUUGUACGAGUAGUAUAAGAACACGGCGCUGCGCUGUCUGCUCCUAAUUCCGCUCCCUUUUCUUCUCAGCUCUCUGAAACGCAUCCUCGUCUGUCAUUUACGUCAAUUCAACUUGAAUACCCCGAUCUACAAGAUGUUCGUCCCCCGUACCGUCAUCUCCGCGCUCGCGUUCGCCAUGAUGGCCAGCACGUUCCCUACCAGCGUCGACACAAGCAGUGUCGUACCGACCUCCACAGCCGUCCCGACUGCCUCCGGCGCGACAACGCCCGCAGGCAUCCACCCCCACUCCUUCGAGGUCUAUGACCCGCCCAUCACUCAGCCCACGGCCGACACCGUCUGGACCACCGGUUCGAGCCAGACCGUCAAGUGGGACAUCUCCAAGAUUGGUUCGGACGGCAGCAACACCACCGCCAGCCUCCUUCUUGGACAUAAGGAUCCUGGCUCGUCGAACGAGUUCCUUGACAUCAAGAACCCUCUUGCCGUCAACGUUCCCGUCAGCGCCGGCCAGGUCACCAUCACGGUUCCUGACGACGUCCUGACCGACAACAACUACAUUGUCGUCCUGGUCGGCUCGAUCAGUGACUCGGGCAACGCCUCUCCCGUAUUUACCAUCCAGAACCCGAGCCAGAGCUCAUUGACGAGCCUCCCCACCCCAACCCCAUCGGGCUCCAGCGUUCCUAUGUCUCCCGCCCCCUCCGUGACGUCUGUCUCGGACCCUGCUGCCUCCGCGACGUCCGUUCCCACCGACGUCCGUUCCUCGGUCCCCGUUGACACUGCUUCUUCGUCUGCCUCUGCUCUUCCAACCAGCCUAUAAUUUCAUAGCUUGAAGAUGGGUUGUUUGACAGGACUGGGCGCUGCGUAGAGACUAGUACAUGCUCGAUGAUGUACCGGACUCAAUUGGACUAAUUGC